AUGUCUUUCCGAGGUGCACCCCGAGGACGAGGAGGUAGCUUCGGUGGAAGUCGAGGUGGAGCCGGAGCGCGAGGCGGUCGCGGCGGUUUUCAGCAGUCAUAUGGACCACCAGCAGUUGUGUUAGAGAUGGGAUCCUUCGUCCAUGCAUGCGAAGGCGAGAUGGUCUGCGAAUCUGUCAACCCAAAGCUGCCAUACUUUAACGCCCCAAUCUACCUAGAGAACAAGACCUCAAUUGGCAAAGUCGACGAAGUUCUGGGCCCAAUAAACCAGGUUUUCUUUACCAUUAAGCCGCAAGAGGGUAUCGUUGCAACAUCAUUCAAGGCUGGAGAUAAAUUCUACAUCGGAGGAGAUAAACUUCUACCACUGGAGAAAUUUCUACCAAAACCCAAACCACCCCCAGGUGCAUUGAAACCAAAGCGUACAGGUGGUGCUUCAAGAGGUGGUCCUAUACGUGGAGGCCGAGGCGCCUCCAGAGGUGCGCCAAGAGGUCGAGGAGGUUUUGGUGAUCGAGGACGAGGGGGUGCUAGGGGAGGAGGAAGAGGAGGGUUCGGUGCUGGGAGAGGUAGUCGAGGAGGUAAUCCUAAUUUUACAAGGCCUGGCCCUCGUGGGCGAGGAUCAUAG